AUGGCCCCCGCCGCAACGCUCUCCGCGUUCAACACAACCCGUGACGGCAAAGCCCUAGAAAGCCUCUCGGACGACAUCGACGCCAUCAACGUGCUCAAACAGCAACAGCAACAGCAACAGCAAAAAGAAAACGACAUAUACACCGAAUCCACCUUUGACAAGUCCAAAGACAAGACCCAAUUCCGGCAAUACGAAACAGCCUCAGACCGCGUGAAAAACUUCUAUAUCGAACAGCACACCAAACAAACCGUAGCCUACAACCUGCAGGCGCGCAACCGCUUCAAAGCAACCACUCGCGCACGCAUGUCCAUCUGGGAAGCAAUCGAAAAACUCAACACGCUCAUCGACGAGUCCGACCCGGACACCUCACUCAGCCAAAUCGAACACUUACUGCAAUCCGCCGAGGCAAUUCGGCGCGACGGGAAACCGCGGUGGAUGCAGCUAACGGGCCUGAUUCACGACCUGGGCAAAUUGCUCUACUUCUUCGAUGCGCAGGGCCAAUGGGAUGUAGUCGGCGAUACUUUCCCCGUGGGCUGCGCCUUUGAUUCUCGCAUAAUCUACGGGCGAGAGAGUUUUGAGCGCAACCCCGAUUUUGGGCACCCCGUUUUCGAUAAUGGGUUGGGGAUAUAUGCGCCCGGAAUAGGGCUGGAGAACGUCAUGUUGUCUUGGGGCCAUGAUGAGUAUUUGUAUCAUGUUGUCAAGGACCAGUCGACCUUGCCGGCCGAGGCGUUGGCGAUGAUUCGGUAUCAUUCUUUUUACCCCUGGCACAAUGCUGGGGCGUAUAGGGAGUUGAUGAAUGAGAAGGAUGAGGAGAUGCUGAGGGCGGUCAAGGCGUUUAAUCCAUAUGAUCUUUAUAGUAAGAGUGAUGAGUUGCCCAAAGUGGAGGAGUUGAGGCCGUAUUAUGAGGAGUUGAUUGAUGAGUAUUUCCCGGUGAAGGUUAUUAAUUGGUAA